GACGGCGGUGUGGCGGAGGCCCCGCCCCAGGCGGCAGGAAGCUGGCGGGCGGCGCAGGAGCAUGUCCGAGAGGGACGCGGCGGCGGCGGCGACGGCGACGGCGGCCACGGCGCCGGCGGGAAGCGACAUGCCCGCCGCCAAGAAGCAGAAGCUGAGCAGCGACGAGAACAGCAACCCCGACCUGUCGGCCGACGAGAACGAUGAUGCUGUCAGUAUAGAAAGUGGAACAAACACUGAACGACCUGAUACACCUACAAAUACUCCAAAUGCACCUGGAAGAAAAAGUUGGGGGAAGGGAAAAUGGAAAUCAAAGAAAUGCAAAUAUUCUUUCAGAUGUGUAAAUAGUCUCAAGGAAGAUCAUAACCAACCAUUGUUUGGAGUUCAGUUUAAUUGGCACAGUAAAGAAGGAGAUCCAUUAGUGUUUGCCACUGUAGGAAGUAACAGAGUUACCUUGUAUGAAUGCCACUCACAAGGAGAAAUCCGGUUGUUGCAGUCUUAUGUAGAUGCUGAUGCUGAUGAGAAUUUUUAUACUUGUGCAUGGACAUAUGAUAGUAAUACAAGCCAUCCUUUGCUAGCUGUGGCUGGAUCCAGAGGCAUAAUUAGGAUAAUUAAUCCCAUAACAAUGCAGUGUAUAAAGCACUACGUUGGCCAUGGAAAUGCUAUCAAUGAACUGAAAUUCCAUCCAAGAGAUCCAAAUCUUCUCUUGUCUGUAAGUAAAGAUCAUGCUUUACGAUUGUGGAAUAUCCAAACGGACACUCUGGUGGCAAUAUUUGGAGGUGUAGAAGGACACAGAGAUGAAGUUCUGAGUGCUGACUAUGAUCUUCUGGGUGAAAAAAUAAUGUCCUGCGGUAUGGAUCAUUCACUUAAACUCUGGAGAAUCAAUUCAAAGAGAAUGAUAAAUGCAAUUAAAGACUCUUAUGAUUAUAACCCAAAUAAAACUAACAGGCCAUUUAUUUCUCAGAAAAUUCACUUUCCUGACUUUUCUACCAGAGACAUACAUAGGAAUUAUGUGGAUUGUGUGCGAUGGUUAGGUGAUUUGAUACUGUCCAAGAGUGGCCGUGCCAUUUUACAUUCCCACCAGAAAUAUAAGAAAGAUCGAGUGUCUUCGAGUCUUCGCCGGCAUUUGUCUUGUGAAAAUGCGAUUGUGUGCUGGAAACCUGGCAAAAUGGAAGAUGACAUAGAUAAAAUCAAGCCCAGUGAGUCUAAUGUGACUAUUCUUGGACGAUUUGAUUACAGCCAGUGUGACAUUUGGUAUAUGAGGUUUUCUAUGGAUUUCUGGCAAAAGAUGCUUGCAUUGGGCAAUCAGGUUGGCAAACUUUAUGUCUGGGAUUUAGAAGUAGAAGAUCCUCAUAAAGCCAAAUGCACAACACUGACUCAUCAGAAAUGUGGUUCGGCUAUUCGACAAACCAGUUUUAGUAGAGAUAGCAGCAUUCUUAUAGCUGUUUGUGAUGAUGCCAGCAUUUGGCGCUGGGAUCGGCUUCGAUAAAAUACUUUAUUUCUAAUGAAAAUUAAGAGUAUGUUUUUUGUGUAUAAUGGAAUUAAUGUAUCUUGCUAGUAAGGGCACAUAGAACAUUUAGAGUUGUCUUUCAGCAUUCAAUCUGGCUGAGCUGAAUGUAGUGAUGUUUACAUUGUUUACACUCUUUGUACUGUCUCCUGCUCAGACUCUACUGCUUUUAAUAAAAAAAUUAUUUUUGUAAAGCUUUGUUAUUUUAUUUUAUUUUCAUUGUGAAGUGAUAAAAGCAAUAAAAUUUUGUCAUGCCUU